AUGGGCCGCGCACGACGCCGGCGAACGUCGGCGGCGGACCCGAUCGAGGCGGAGCGCAGCACGGUCGCGUUCCCGGUCGCGGACACCUCGACGGGGCCGCCGUUUCCGAGUGCACGUACGGUGUGCGUGCAUCCGCGCACGCCUCUGCUCGCGCUCUGUGAAAGUGAGGUGGACAUGCUCGGUGCGCCUGUGCCGUGGUCACGGUGGCUGGGACGCGUAUCGCGAGGACGUGGCGCCGCGGUGUGUACGCACGGCACGCUGAGCGACGUGAGUGGACUAUCUCAGGGCGAACCGCGGUCCUUUCAGUGCGUGCUGGACGGCGCCGAGGACGCCGCCUUGCCUGUCACGUUUCGUGGACCGUAUGCGGCGGCGCUGCAUGAGGUGUGGCGUCGGCACACGCAUGACGCGCCCAUGCCCGUCUUUCUCUCUGGCUUCGGUGGCGACGUGGUGCGUGUGCGAUCGUCGCCGCCGCGCGCGGGCCUCGUGUUCAGCGAGCGCGUCGCCCUCAAGGCGCUGUUGCACACAGACGCGGAGGAGGAGCUGCUCUUGUGGUUCGAGGGCGAUCGAUCCCGCCCCACGACGCUCGUCAUGCAGCCGCCGAAAGAAGCCGACGAGCAGGCGGCGCCGCCCCCGUCACAGACGAGCACGCUCAGUGACGCGUCCCUGCCGUCUUGGCCCGGCCACGUCCUCGACCUCGCACGGCCCGGCACGCUGGAUGGGACCACGUACACACCACUCGCCGACGUCGAGGUGCAUUCGACCGUGCAUGUGAUGGGCGUCGUGAUGGACAAGCCCGUCGUGCACUUACCACGCGCUCGUGCGCACGGCGGCAUGACAGAUGCCAUGGUUCGUCUCGCCAUACAGCCGCCCAAGCCAUGGGACGGCGGCGCGUCGCUGCUCGUCAUGAAUCUGUUUGCACGCCAUCUCGAUCGACUGCCGACGCAUGUCGUGCGUGGCGACGCGCUGCUGGUUCGACAGCUGCAGAUCCAGGCGUACCAGGGCAAGGCGCAUGGCGUCGGACCCGCGUUCCAGCCAUAUGCGUGGGCAGCGUGCCAUGCGCCGCACCACUGCACGGCGUCGCCCGGCACCGAGCUAGGCGCCGAGGAGCGCGCCGCCCUCGUGCAAAUGGUGCAGCACGGCACGUCCGCAGCGGUUAGCACGCAUCCGCUCGUGACGCUCGAUGCGCUGCAGCCCAAUACGUACGUCGACAUGAUCGUCGAAGUCGUGCGAGUGAAGCACUUUGGCGCCGUGCCCGACCUCUUCGUCGCGGAUUACACGACGCAUCCCCUCAUUCAGGGACACGAUGCUCUGCUGGCCAAGCAUCACGCCCGGCCGGACGUGCCGGAUCACAUGGUGUUUCAGAUCGGGCUGUGGGGACAACAGGCAGGUCUGUCGACGCGCUUACAGCCGCGUCAGCUGAUCCGCAUCAACAACGUGCGCAUCAAGACGAACGCGCUGGGCAUGCUGCAAGGCUCGCUGGGCACAUCCACCGACCGCGGCUACAACGUCGCUGUGCUGUCCGAACGCGAUCCGCUUGUGCAGCCGCUGUGCACGCGCCGCGCCGAAUGGCUCGAUGCGUGCACGUCGGUCAAGCGGCCACGCCUGUCGCCGCCCAGCCCGGUGCGGCCCCCACGCUUCGAGCUCUGGGAGGCGGAAGAGCCACUGAUUCGCUCGAUUUUGGACGGGUACUCCCCGGCCGUCUUGGAUACCCCGUGCUGCGUGCUGCGUGUGUCGCCCGAGCACGACUGGCUGCGCGCUUACUGCUCGACGUGCCACCGGAUCCUUCCACAGGCGCACGCGUUCUGUACGACGUGUGCGGACGAAGACGGCCACGCCCUUGUUCGUGUGCUGCAUCUGGUCCUGCAUGUGUGCGACGCAAGUGAUGCACCUGCCUCACGACGUGGCGCCGAGUACAUCGACACGCUACCGCUCGUGGCCACCGGACAUGUGGCCGCAGCCUAUCUCGGAUGCUCGGUGCAAGAGUACGAGUCGGAUCGCUCCGCCUCGCAUGACCGCAUCCUGGAGCGCACGACGCGGCCUGCCGCGCACCCCGUGCAUGUGCGUGCCUCGCUGCAAGAUCAUGAUACCUACAUCAUCGACGAGCUUCACUUUCCUACAUAG